AUUAGACCAGACGAGACGUAAAAUAUGACGCUGAGCUCGAAGUUUAUUUUUUUUAGCGUAAUUUUGGUUCCUUACUUCCUCUCGUUGAAAGGAGAAAUACUGAAUCUCAAAGCUGAUGACCCAGGCGUCCUUGAUGCACUUGAUUUUGCCAUGAAUGAACUCAACGCUAUAAGGAACAACUUGUAUCGCUUGAUGUCCACCAAAGUUGAGGACGCUAUUGUGCAGGUGAAAACGCAGCUUUGUUUGGAUCGAUACAUUAAUUUGUUUCAAUUUAAGGAAAACUUCGCUAUUUUUCCAGUGAAUAAAAACACGUCACAGCAAAACUAAAUUUCUUAAGCAUCCCUUGUCGCCACCAAGAAGCACGACAUAGGUUAAGUUGACCAUGAUAGCCGCAGAUUUACCGCGGGUUGAUACUGAAGUAAAACAUCGAACAGAAUGAGAAAGUCAAAGAUCUAAGGCUAUUGUUUGAAAGGUUUUUUAUUAUGUAGAAUCUUAUCUCGCACCCACAAAUUUGCAUUGAAUUUAAAUAAUUUGCACGCCCAACUGCGCAGCGCAAAACAGAGGUACGAGAAACAGGUUGUUAAUGUCCAAGUAAUCGAAAUUGCGAAGGGGUGAUGAAAGUCUCUUGCUACUACUUUCAAGGCCAAACAAAGUAAAUAUAAGCCACAUGUAUGUUAAAGCUACCUAAUGUUGCCAAUCAGAUUCUUUGCUUCCCACGCAUUGAAAGACGAUCGGUUAAGGGGAGUUAUAGGUUAAGUUGACCAUGAUAGCCGCAGAUUUACCACGGGUUAAAACUGAAGUAAAACACCGAGCGGAAUAAGGAAAGCAAAGAUCCAGGGAUAUUGUUUGGAAGUUAUUAAAUAUUUAGACCCUUAUCUCGCACCCACAAAUUUGCAUUAAAUUUAAAGAAUUUGCACGCCUAACAGGUACGAGAAACAGAUUGCUAUUGUCCAAGUAAUCGAUAUUAAUAAUAAUAAUAAUAAUAAUGAACGUUCUUUAAUACGCAUUUAAGAAUCUCAAUGCGCUUACAAUUUUUUACUAAGGUUGAGAUCGGACGUCAGCAUAAUCAGGCGCCUCUGGCAGCCGCUUUAGUCCAUGUAACGACCUCACCUUUUCCCCCCCUAUCCCACCCCAGGGGAGGACAUCCAUCACACAGUAAUCUCGUGCGUGGGAAAUUAACGUCUCCUACCCCUAACCCUGCAGGAGACGGGACCUCCAUUUAUUCGUCCCUAUCCGAGAAGACUAGAAUAUCUAACCAUUUCUUGAUGUUGAGAAAGGAAGCAUAUUCUUCUCAGUUAAUUUUAAGACCCUGAGUGUUGGUCCGGCCGGUAUUGAACUCUCGACCUCCCGCACAGCAGUCCGGCGCUCUCCCAAUUGAGCUAACCAGGCGGCGGUGGUAUUAUAUUACCAAUGUGUCAUGACCAAUGUGUCAUGAAAGUCUAUCGCUACUACUUUCAAGGCCGAACAAAUAUAUCGUACAUGUAUGGUGCGAUAUAAUUUAUUCAGAGAUGUGAAAGUUGCUGGAGUUGCCAGCAUUUACAAGUUGUCGCUCAGUCAGGAUGUAUACCGCAACAAGUCGUUUGAGAGAUUUCGGCUGCCGAAAAGUGUGGAGGAUGAGAAGAAAUGUGUAGAUAAUGCAGUACCGAAAUCAACAGCUUAUUAAACCAAAUAGUCGUGUAAGGUUUUCGAGGAAUAGAAACGGAAUCGAUCAGUGAAAUCCUGUACUUUGGAACCCGGCGGUCUUUUUACCACGAAAGACUUUGAAGAAAGAGUACAAACUUUGGACACGGCCAUUACAGAUAUGCCUGCAUGCAGUGUGAACUACUGGCUGUUGAAGUUCGUUCAAGAAGUAAGCAACUCUUCUGGGGAACGCUAUCCUUCCCGUUCGUUGUACUCGAUUAUUUAGGGACUGAAGCGCCACCUUUGUGAUGUAAAUAGUGCAAGUUGUGUCAAGUUUAAAGAUUGUGAAGUAAAUUUUUGUGUAAUUGGGCUUAAAUAAGACAAUGAAGCACUGUAAAAGUAAGAUUACUUGUGACUAUAAGCAGGGCUCAACACUAAAGGUAGCCCACUAGCCACAAACUAGUAGAAAUUCAGUUUUGGCUAGUGGUUUUCGAUUUCCAUUAGCCAGUUUGGCUAGUAAACAAAUCGAAAUUGACCGAACUAGUUUUUCUUUUUUCAAGGAAGACAAACUCAGACACUUUUCUCGGAAUUUCGUUAAAGGCGUAUCGUGUUACCGGGCACGUAUGUAAAUUUAUGUCCGAUUACUUUUCGCUCUGGGUAUUAUGUUGAAAGAAAUAUUUGACCGACAAGAAAGCGUUUUCUUUUUGUUACGAAAUUACUUGAAGAAAACAUGAGCUUCCUGAUAAAAUCACGCGCAAAAUCGUGCGGCACUGUAAAGGGAUAACAUUUAAUUUAAGUCCUCAGUUGAUUGUAGUUUACGUCUCGAUUUGUCAGUCAGUGGUUGCAGUAUCGUCGUAAGGUAUUUCGACAGUUGGUACGUCGGGUCCCCGAACUUUAUUGACGCAAUCAAAGACGUACAGAUACCUGACGACUACAAACUUGUGUCUUUUGAUGUGAAAUCACUGUUCACCAGUAUUCCACUUCAAUUGGCUCUACAGUGUACUGAAACCGCCAUCCAACAGUCUACUGAUGCACUACCAUUACCGACAGAAGACAUUAUGGACCUACUUAACCUCUGCCUUACAUCGACUUACUUUCAGUACAACGGGAAACACUACAAGCAGUUGCACGGAACAGCUAUGGGGUCGCCGGUCUCCGUUGUUGUCGCAGAAAUUGUGAUGCAAAACAUCGAGGAACGCGCCCUUGCAACUUGCCGACAAACCAUACCGCUUUGGUUACGCUACGUUGACGACACAUUUACCGCCGUACACAAAGACGAAAUUGACGCUUUUCACAAUCACCUUAACGAACAAAACACCGACAUUCAGUUUACCAGGGAGAUCGAAGUUUGUCGAAGAAGACGGCAAGCUUCCUUUUCUCGACUGCAACAACACUGUUGUUACAACAACAACGACUUCUGGAAGGGCAAGUUUCAGAUGCGAGACCGUUACCCCAACUUAUUGCUGGUCAUCGAGGUCUGCCUUGUUAUACCUGUGCAAACUGCUUGUUGUGAAAGAGGCAACUCCUGUCUGAACAGAGUUAUGUGUGACUUCAGGUCAACCCUUGAUGUUGGGACUGUUGAAGCCCUCAUGAGAAUUUCUCUUAAUGGACCAAACCCAUUAGAGUAUCACUCUUCUUUAGCUGUUGCAACCAACUUUCAUGGACUAAUUUCAUUAUUAAUUUCUUGCCAUAUGGACAAUGGAAAAACAGUAUCAACUAGUUUAAUCAUGUGACAUCUUGAAUUUAAUACUGUUGUUGUUAUUAUAUAAUUGGAACUGGUUUAAAGAUUGCAUCUGGACAAUCGAAUCUCUGAACCUUAAUUGCAGCCUAACUGAUUUUUCUCUGGUAACAAAACAUCUUAACCAUGUUGCAUUUCAAAAAAUAGUUGUUUUACCUUUCGAACUGGUCUAAGUAAAGUGUAAUUACUGGUACCAACAUUAUGUAAGAAAAGGUGUCGUUUGCAUUGUACUUUCAAGUCUUGCUAAUAAUUCUGCUGUUACUGGACCUAGCCAACAUCAAAGCUUUGCUAGUAAAAAAGAAUUUUGGCCAGUAACAUCGAAGCUGUCACUAGACACUAGGCUGGUAAGUUGAAAAGUUAGUGUCGAGCCCUGAUAAGUAUUCAAUGAUUUUGUGCAAGUUGUCAUUGUGCAUAUUUUAGUGGUAUAUACCACUCUCACUGGAGAGUGGUAUACUGUUUUUCAUUGGGUAUCCAAACACAUGCACAUGAUGUGGUAUACAUCUUGUGGUCGGUAGUUGACCUCAUGAAUAAUAAAUGAGUUUGAGAAGUGCAUGGAAGCAUAGAGUGAGAUUGUGCUUUUGGAUACAGAUUGACUAAAGAUGACAAUUUUAGUUGGUUUGUUUGUUUUUUAAGUAUCAGAGGUGAUUCUUGUAUGGUUUUAUGUUUCAGGUUGUUUCUGGCCGAAAGUUCUGUAUUGUUUCGGAGAUUGGCAUUUCCCGAAGUUGCCGGAAUGAUAAGGCUCACAAGUCCGCCUCUCUGGAUACUUGCCCUGUUGACACAUUAGAGGUAGGAGACUUUGUUCUAGGGAUAUGUGGAUGUCAUAAGACUGAAAAUGGCGGCAAUGCUUUGUGUAGAUAAAUUCAACACAUUUAACGCCAGAAAGGGAAUGCACAUUUAAUCUAUUUGCCAGAUAGGGGAAUAUUUAGAUGUAAAGAUGUGUAGAUGUGCAUAUGUGUAGAUGUGUAGAUAUGAUCCAACUGAAAAUAGGUAAUUAAUACAAAUAUCUUAGUACAAAUAUAACAACAACUAGAAGAACAACACAACUACAUGAAAUAGAAACUUACAGCUGUUUCACAAUCAGGGGUACCUUUUGAGGUCAGGAAGAGGAAAAAAUAAAGUUUUAUCUUUCAAGAAGUAAAAGUAAUUUGUAGGUAGCUUUGUGCCUUGGGUAUACUGAAAAUAUCUUUGCACAAACUGCCUUAAAUCCAUUUAAAGAGGUCACUGCAACAUUCUUCAGUAAAGGAAAUUAAGCUAUAACAAUUAGUAAGAAUUUCAUCAACACAUAGUGGAAUUUAAUAAAUUGACUUCACUCUGGAUUUAAAAAUCAGAGCCAACAGAAGUCUGCACAAAGUGAGAAUCAUGUCCUUCAACCUAGUUACUAAACAACAGUUUCCAGUCAAUUAAAAUUGUAAUUUCCUCCUAACAUAGUAGGCACGCAUAAAAGUAAUUGUGAUCUGCCAUCAAAAAGUCAUUAGUUCAUGUGUAACUUUUGACUUUAACCAUAUCUUCUGCUGUAAAACGAAAUUGCUCUCUCUUAAUUGUCGACCAGUGUAGGAAAACUAGCAAAACAUACUAUGUUAUCUUGAAUUGGCUCCCAGGACUAAUCUUUCAGAGUUGGCUAGAUGUAAAGAUCAUCAUCAUUCUGUUUGUUGAUUAUGUCAGCGAAUGCAAAGCCGACCUAGUUGCAAUAACUGAAACUUGGUUAUCAGACAACGACUCCGCUGUGUGCUACGAGAUAACUCCUGCUGGCUAUAAACUGUUACACUGCCCUAGGGGUGAUCGUAGAGGUGGAGGUACGGCCCUCUUGUUCAGAGAUAACAUCAAUGUUUCCAAGCUCGAAACUGUUUCAAGGAUUUCCUUUGAAUCUUCUGAAUACCUUGUCUGCACUGGCUCCCUACGCUUUCGAUUGGCAAUCAUCUAUCGACCGCCGUACUCUGUUAAUCAUCCUGUGACUGUGAACAGUUUUAUUGACGAAUUUUCUGAGUACCUUGAAUCUGUUAUCCUAUCUAACGAUGUCCUGUGUUUAACUGGCGAUUUUAACAUCCAUGUUGAUGAUCACAAUGAUUCAGCUGCUUGUCGCUUUUUGGAUUUAUUGGAGUCAAUGUCUUUAACUCAACAUGUGACAGAACCAACGCAUGAACUUGGUCAUACACUAGAUCUGGUAAUUACUCGAAAGUCAGACAACCUUAUUAGCGGUCGACCAGCGCCUGACAUUCUAUUUUCGGAUCAUCUAGCGUUACUUUUCAAAUUGAAAACACCUCGACCACCUCUCAAAGUUGGGCGUGUCUCAUUUAGGAAGUUGCGAUCAAUUGAUAAGUCUGCUUUUGCGGAUGAAAUCUGUAACAGCGAGCUUCUUCAAACGGAUACUGAAGAUCCUGACGAGCUGGCCGCCUUAUUCAACAACACAUUGCGUUCCCUGCUGGAUCGGCACGCUCCUGUUAAGCAAAAGAAUGUUACUAUUAGAUCUCGUGUUCCAUGGAUGAAUGAUGAAAUUAUAUUGGCUAAACGUCAACGGAGGAAAGCUGAAAGGAAAUGGAGGGCUUCUAAAGCACACAUCGAUUUACUAUCCUAUCGCGCAAUGAGAAAUCGAGUGACGUUUUUGAGUAACGAGGCUCGUUGUGCAUACUAUACAAACUUCAUAACUGAGAACAGCACGGACCAGAGAAGGUUAUUUAGAGCAAGUAAGUCCCUGCUGAAUUUAUCAAAUGGUCCUGGCCUCCCACUGUCGACUAAUGAUUAUCAGUUGGCUAAUGAUUUUGGAAAAUUCUUUGCUCAAAAAAUUGCUGAUAUCAAGUCUGUUAUUGCAAACCAGAGCCGCCUUCCUGUCACCAUCGACGCUGCCAGUACUGUGACUGCUUCCUGUUUUUCAGAAUUUACUCUCCUGUCCGAAUCAGAGGUUUUGAUUUAAUCAAAGCUUCAUCAAAGAAAUCUUGUCUUCUUUGAUCCUAUUCCAACCAAACUUCUUACGGACUUCGCCGAUGUGCUACUACCUCCGAUCACGAAAAUAAUAAAUCUUUCGCUUGAUUCUGGUUAUUUUCCACGCACCUGGAAAAGUGCUCUAGUAAGGCCGCUGUUGAAGAAGGAUGGAUUACCUCUUGUUUUUAAGAACUACAGACCCGUGAGUAAUUUGGCAUUUAUCUCAAAGCUGGUUGAGACUGUUGUUGCCAAGCAGCUACAGCAUUAUCUGAAUGGCAACAAUCUGUUCCCAGUGUUUCAAUCCGCCUAUCGACAGAACCACAGCACAGAAACUGCACUCCUUAAGGUUAUGAAUGAUAUUCUCCUUAACAUGAACAGUCAACGUGUUACUCUGCUUAUUCUGCUCGAUUUAAGUGCUGCCUUUGACACAGUUGAUCACGACACCAUGCUACGUCGACUUGAGUCAUCAUUUGGUAUACAUGGGAAAGCCCUCUCCUGGUUUACGUCCUAUUUGUCUGGUAGAACUCAACGGAUAAUGAUUAACGAUUCGCUGUCGGAACCUUUUAAAUUAGAAUGCGGUGUGCCUCAAGGUUCCUGUCUGGGUCCGUUAUUGUUUUCGUUGUAUACGAGCAAGCUUUUUGAGAUCAUUGAAUAUCAUUUGCCCACGAUUCAUUGUUACGCUGACGACUCUCAAGUUUACAUCUCAUUCAGUCCCAACGACAGAGCUGAGCAACUUGCUGUAGUGAGGAGUAUGGAGGACUGCAUCAGAGACAUUCGUCUUUGGAUGUUGAAUAAUGAUCUUAAAUUAAAUGACGACAAGACUGAAUUCCUUAUCAUUGGCACAUCACAACAGCUGGGAAAGCUCGACAAUAUCAGUAUACGUGUGGGCGACUCAGACAUACAUCCCGUGCCAAUUGCGAGAAAUCUUGGUUCCUGGUUUGAUUCAAGGCUCUCCAUGGCAACACACAUCACGAAAAUUUGUGCCUCUUCAUUUUACUACAUUUAUAAUAUUCGUCGGAUCAGAAAGUACCUUUCACAGCAGUCAACGGAAACUCUUGUCCAUGCAUUUAUAACGAGCCGCCUGGACUAUUGCAAUGGCCUAUUAUAUGGACUACCGGACUGCUUGUUGAAUAAGCUGCAACGAGUACAGAAUGCUUGUGCCAGAUUGAUUCUUAAAGAACAGAGAUUUUGUCAUAUUACGCCCUUAAUUUUUAAGUUACACUGGUUACCAAUUAGAUAUAGAAUUGAGUUUAAAAUAUUGUUAAUUACUUUUAAGAUUCUUAAUUUUUAGCCCCUUCUUAUCUAUCCUCUCUUAUUUCCCUUAGACCCCCCUCCAAAUAUAAUUUAAGAAAUUCCAGUGAUAAGCUUUUACUUAGCCAUCCAUCAUUUAAAUCGAAAGCUACACUGGGGGACCGUUCUUUUACCUGUGCUGCUCCGAAACUAUGGAACGAACUACCGCUGGAUAUUAGGAGCGCAAGAACAGUAAAUAUUUUUAAAGCUAAACUGAAGACUCACCUUUUUCGUAGUGCAUUUCUAUAGCUUUUUUUUUUUUUUUUUUUUUUUUUUUUUUUUUUUUUAUCUCGUUUCUUAAAAUUAUUGUAAGUCUAUUUUAAUGAUAAUUUUUAAUCUUGUAAUGCGCAUUUGAACAUUUUAUGGAAUUUGCGCACUAUAAAUUUUUAAUAUUAUUAUUAUUAUUAUUAUCGUCACACUUUUUUAUGAACCUCAGAUGGGCUUCCUUUUCAUUCUCUGAGAUGUCAAGCACCUCUGCCAUGUAUAGAUGUACACUUUUAGAUCCAUGCAACGUGACAGCAACAAAAUCUUCGAUCUCAGGUGCAUAGCUUGCUGUUGGUAAAGAAGGUAUUGAACAGCUGGUAGUGGAGGUGGUGCUGGUGCUGGUACUGGUGCUAGUGCUGGUGCUAGUAUUGGUGAUGGUACUUAAUUGUGCUAGGUUUGCCUGAUUGCUUCUGAUUGAGCAAUUGCUUUGGUUCUGAGGGUGUGGUAUGUUCUUUAUCUUGGCACUUAUUAAGAGUACAUUGUCCACAGCCUUGACAGUAUUUCUGCUUGCUUGCUUUUUUAGACAUUUUUUGCUUGCUUCUCUUUUCUUUGCUGCUGAUGAUCUACCAGGUUUGGCCAACUGUGUUACCUGAUAUUCCUUUCUCUUCUUCCUAUGCAUUUUUAUCUCAAGCCUUUUUUCUCUCUCUUCUGCCUUCUUAACAACGGACGAUGCACAGGGUACUCCUUCCGAGCCUGUCUACUCUUUUUCUUUCUUUCACUAUCUUUUUGAUGUGCUUCAGCGAGACGGACAGGUUCUUCCUUAAUUCUUGCCCUUUGCCUUUGCUUCUUAAGUGUAUUCUGGCUAAUCUGCCCAUCCUUACCUUUUUUACUGUUUGCCCUCCUCUUUUCCUUGUUCUGGUCUCUUAAAUGCAUUCCCUAAAAAGCUGGAGUUUGAUUGCAAUCUACACUGCAAAAGCAGGAAUACUCAGUGCACAAUGCCACAGUGAGACUCACUCUCAUGUAAAGCCUGUUACUUUACAUAUGGUCACUCAGGCUAAUUGUUAAAUGAGACUUUCUAGCAUUCUUGAAAUGUAAAGGUUCUUCAAGGUAUCAGGGUAUAAAAGCUGUUCUGUAUCAAGCUGAUCAUGAGUAAAGGGUUUCCUUUAUUAACCAGCCUGAAAAUGGUUUGCACAUUUUCUAGCUGUUAUCAUAGUCUAAAAUGUUUUUGCAGCAGUCUAGAAUGCUCUUUUGCAGAGAAAAUCCAAGUUUCUAGUUAAUUUAUAUUUUGCUCUAUCAUUUGACUAUUUAUAACAUAUCAUGUUGGUAAUAAAGGUAAUUUAAGAAUAUUGGGGGUAUGGACACUACAUUGGCAACAAAUCAUUAAAUAUUUCCUUACUUAUUGGUGACAGCAGUCUUAUUUAUAAAUCCAUACAAGUGACAACUCUCCUCUUAAAUUAGAUGAAUUUCAAUAAAAUUCAGAGAGAUAACAGUAGGGGUAAUUGGACACUACACAAUUUUUGUGAAAGCGAAGGCCUCAAUUUAAACAAACACAUAUAGUAAGCUGGAAUUGUUCCAGUCAAGUUCAUACUUUUUCCCAAUUUCCUAGGAGAAAAACCAAAGAAAAGUUUCUCAAAGAUUUUAAUAUACCCAGUGUCAAUAGUUAUUGUCAAAGUCAAGAAAAUAUUUAACAAUAGUCAGUUUGCAGAUUAACUGCUGGUAACUGUAAAAUUCAAAUGAUUAUUCCUUUCAGUUCAUAGUAAGAGUAAGGGAAGGGGUUCAGCAAUAUAUUCUGCACUCAUUUGUUAUGUGGGUGGGUGAUAUUUUCAAAGUGAGUUAUAUUUCUCAUUUUGUAUUAAAAUAUGAAUGUCACACUGCAACAGUAUGAUUAGAGCAUUGUUAACCACAUAAUCCUUCAUAAUUCUGCCAAAUUGUGACCAAUUUCUGCAGUUCGUUUUAUUUUGUGCAGCACAAGGUUCUCUUUCUUACAACGCAUUUCCUGUUUGUUACCAGUUUGAAAAUAAAAGCUUGUAACAUCACACAAGUAAAAAGGGUACACUUAAUUGUGAAACAGCCGUUACAAUUUGUGGCGCAACCAGGUCCAGUAGUAAAACUCUUAAACAAAAGCAACACAGUGCUAACAAAAAGUACCAAAAUGGCUGACUUUUAAAUCAACUAGCCAUGAACUAACCACAACAACGCUUAUACUUGCAAGAAAUAAAUCAAUGUAUUAUUCCUUGUCAAUAGGAAUGAAAUUGAAUAACGGAUUGGUUUUAAAAUUAUAUUGCUUAGAUUUUGUAUACUUACCUAUUUCUUAUGAGUCUCUUGCCCCAAGAGAUCUGUCAGUUAUAGACCACUUUUUGCUGAUGUCAAACCUUUCAUUUCUUGGGCACUUACACCAAAUACAAACAAAAUUUUGAUUUGCAGCCCCUAGACCACAAACACAGGCUAGAAAUUUCCAGUCUCUUCCCAAAGAAUACUCAAUGCUAUACUUAUGACUAUUUACAGUUAUUUCUUUCAAAUUUGACAUUUCAUUAUUUAGAUCAGUAAGGCUUUAUUUAAGACUGUCAUAGUUCUCUGUUGUCAUAGUUCUCUGCAACUUGACAGCAACAAAAUCUCCAAUCCCAGGUGCAUGACUUGCUGUUGGUAAAGAAGGGAUUGAACUGUUGGUAGUGGAGGUGGUGCUGGUGCUGGUGCUGGUGCUGGUGCCAGUGCCGGUAUUGGUGAUGGUACUGGUGUUAGGUUUAUUUCCUGAUUGUUUCUGAAUGUGCAAUUGCUUUCAUUCCUAGGGUGUGGUAUGCUCUUUAUCUUGGCACUGAGUACCUUGUCCACAGCCUUGACAGCACGACAUGCUUCCUUUUUUUGGUAUUUUUUGCUGGCUUCUCAUUUCUUUGCUGCUGAUGAUCCACAAAGUUUGGCCAACUGUAUUACCUGAAAUUCCUUUUUCUUCGCCCAACACAUUUUCAUCCCAAGCCUUUUUGUCUCUCUUUCAGCCUUCCUAACAAAGGGUGGUGUUCAAGGUACUCCCUCUGAGUCUGUCUACUCUUUUUAUUUCUUUCUCUUAUCUUUUUGAUGUGCUUCUGCAAGACAGACGGGGUCUUCCUUAAUUCUUGCCCUUUGCCUCUCAAGUGUAUUCUGGCUAAUCUGCCCAUCCUUACCAUUUUCACCAUGAGUCUUUCUCCUUUCCUUGUUUUGAUCUCUCAAAUAAAUUCUCUAAAAAGCUGGAGUUUGAUUGCAGUCUACACUGCAGAAGCAGGCAUGCUCAGCGCACAUUAUGCUGCAGUGAGUCUCACUCUCAAGUAAGGCCUGUUAAUAUAUGUGGUCAUUCAGGUGUAUUAUUAAAUGAGACUUUCUUAAGCAUUCUUGUAAUGUAAAGGUUCUUCAAGGUAUCAGAGUAUAAAAGCUGUAAGGUAUCAAGCAGAUCACGAGUAAGGGGUUUCCUUUAUUAAUUACCCAGCCUGAAAAACAUUUCACACAUUUUCUAGCUGUAAUAGUAGCAGUCUAAAAUGUUGUUGCAGCAGUCUAAAAUGCUCUUUCGCAAAGAAAAUCCAAGUUUCUGGCUAAGUUCCAUAAUUUGCUCUAUCACUUGACUAUUUAUAGCACAUCAUGUUGGUAAAAAUGGUAAUUUAAGAAUAUCAGGGUUAUGGACACUACAUUUGGCAACAGAUCAUUAGAUGUUUUUUUACUUAUUGGUGACAGCAGUCUUAUUUGUAAAUCCUUGCAAGUGACAAUUUUCCUCUUAAAAUGUAUACCUUCAUUAGAUGAACUUCAAUAAUAUUCAGAGAGAUAAUAGUAGGGGUACAAACACUACACAAAUCCAAGGCCAUAAUUUUAGCAAACACAUAAUAGCAGGCUGGAAUUGUUCCGGUCAAGUUCAUACUUUUUCCCAAUUUCUUAGGAGAAAGAACUAUCCUUUUAUCUCAAAUUUGUUCAGUUUACCAACAUUUUGCAAAGAUUUUAAUACAUCCAGUAUUAAUAGUAAUUGUCAAAGACAAGAAAAUAUGUAAGAAUAGUUAGUUUGCGGAUAUUAACUGCUGCAUGGUAACUGUAAAAUUAACAUAAUUAUUCCUUUCAGUGGAUAGUAAGAUUAAGGGAUAGAUUGCAACAAUAUAAUCUGCACUUAUUUGUUAUGUGAGCGGGUGAUAUUUUCUAAGUAAGUUAUCUUUCUCAUUUUGUAUUAAAAUAUGAAUAUCACCUCUGCAACAGUGUGAUCAGAGCAUUUUUUAACCACUAUAAUCCUUCCAAAUUCUGCCAAAUUGUGACCAAUUUCCACAAUUUUUUUAAUUUGGUUCAGCACAAGGUUCUCUUUCAUACAACACAUUUCCUGUUUGUUACCAGUUUGAAAAUUAAAGCGUGUAAGUCAUCACACAAGCAAAAAGGGUACACUUGAUUGUGAAAUAGCCGUUACAAUUUGUGGUGCAACCAGGUCCAGUAGUAAAACUCUCAAACAAAAGCAACACGGCGCUAGCAAAAACUACAAAAUUGACUGGCUUAGUUGUUCACAUCUUGCAACAGAUAACAUCAGCGAACAAUUAUCUAAACAUAUUUUCUUGCAAAAUGCAGUGAAAGCCUCAUGGUAGUGGAAGUAAGGUUUGAAAAUUGGGGAAUAUCCCUAAGGUGAUAUUCUUGGAUAUCACCCAAUUUUAGCAGGGGGAUAUUUGGUCAUGUCCUACAUUAAGACCAAUUAAAAAAUGUUUGAUGGAUCAUAUUUAAUAUUGGUUUUGUUAUUUAUCUUUUUUUAUUAAUCUUUAACACAUUUACAUGAAUUAUUGCAUUAAACUUUUUAUAAAGGAUUUUACCCGUACUCAAAUGACAGAUCACUUCGUUCCUCACAGAUGCGGUGUAGAUUUGUGGUUAGUGUCCAUUCGGAGAAGCAGAAAGACUUCAUCAGCAAGGAGUGUUUCGGUUUGGAGGAAAAAAUUACGUCAUGUGAAGAUGUGAGUAACUUUGUGGUAGAUUUUGAAAGGCAAUCAAAGGUAAAAGCAGGUUUUGUAGAACACCAAUCAUGAGAAUUUAUAGGCCCCUCUUGCUACAUGUACCAUAACAAAGGAGGCUGUUCUCCAAAAUGUUAACAAGGAUGAACAUGUAACAUGUUUCUGCUAAACAGAAAUUUUAUGGCACUGGAGAGGAGCAUGGCAUAUGCAAAUUACUAAAUCUUGAAUGUUGAAAAUUUUAAGGCCAUAAAACUUAAUUUAUUGAAAAAAAUUAAGGUGUGUAAUGAUUGUUUACAGUUGUUGCGGGCUAUGCCAUUACAACCCUAAGCUAUAAAAAUGUCUGUGAUUUCCUUUUUAUCCACAGUUAGUAAAUAAAUAUGCAUACUCAACUGCAAACGCAUGGACACUUAAAAAAGUAUUUACAGUGAACAAUGAGACUCUACAGUUCUCUGGGUAUACAUAAGUACAGAAUAGUCACUAUUAGCAUGUGGUAUUUAAUGGAAGCGAUGCACGCUUUCUUGGAAGAAAAGGAUUAUAAUAACAAAGGUUUUUCAUAAAUAGUGAGAGAAGCGAAUCACUGGUGAUGUAUCUGCAAAUAAGCAUUUCCCAUUGGUCUCGCAUCUUAAUUGUAAUAAGCUGCUCACCUUCGAACGAGGACCCCUGCUGUAAGUAAAGAUCCCAGAUCCUCUGGAAUUCUAGGAAAAGUGAACAUUUGGGAUUCAUCACAAAGGCAGACGAGUUCAGAUUAAAAAAGGCGAGGCCUACAAUUUUUCAAAGGUUCCUUUGCCAUUCUUGAAAAGGUGUCAUCCUUCAGGUCUGAAGUUUCUUUACUUGUAUGAGUGCUCUUGUGGGAGUCACAUAUAGGAGAGGGGCAUUGGGGUUUUCGGUUUUGCGGUUUUGGCUAUUUUCUAGAUCGGUUUUUCGGUUUUUGUGCCAAAAAAACUUCGGUUUCACGGUUUUGAUGUUCAUUGCAGUUUGCGGAUUUUCCGGUUUUUCGCAUCUGGUUUUUGGUUUUCGCGAAAAAUAUUAACGGGUUUUCGGAUUGAUAUCCAAUGCGGUUUUCGGUUUUUCCAAUUUGACCUAUUUGGGUUCCGGUUUCUCUUCGAUCUGAGCGGCAGUUACACGCCUCCACUGAUCUCGAAUAGCAGCUAAACGCAAAUGUUAUCGAGACGAAUGCGUGACAAACCAAUUGAAAUAUCGCAGGGAUCCCUAGGUAGCCUACGUGUAGCGGACCCUCAAGGUGGGGGGGGGGGGGGGUGGUUACGGCUAAGCGCGGAACAUUGCUAGGGUUUCUUUAUCAACGUCACCUCGAAAUUGGUGACCAAGUUACAGGCCACACAUGACUGAUUGAUUCAACAUUCCAACAGAAUCUCCAAACUUUCAGAUCUUAGUUCGCAAAUGGAAAGGUUAGAUUAGGGAUAUCCGAUGAAACUUUCCAGAUGAAACUAUAGCUUUUUGCAACUGCAAAAUUGAAAUCCUAUAGAGGACUUUAGUGCGAAUUUCCUUAAUUUAACUAGGCUCCAUUACCAGCUGCUGAGUUCGCAGAGACCACGCUCGAGGUCCUCGAGAGAGCAGCUGUUAAUUUAAGCAGAUACUAGAAGAUACGAAUGCUAAGUCCAUGGAAUUCAUAAAUCCUGUAAUGAAAUUAGUGUAGUUUAGCCUGUAUGCUACACUUGUCACCACUGUAUCGGAUCGAUCAGGUUUUAAUGACUGGGAUGUGAAAAUGUAUUGGUUUUGACAGUUUUGCGUGCGGUUUUCGGUUUUGAUCGAAUUUUUUUUUAGGUUUUGGAUGAUUUUUCCUACGGAUUUGCGGUUUCUAAGAGGCCCCAAUGUCCCCCUCAUAUAGACCUCUGACUGUCUGCCACUGCAAUGGAAUCAAAGAAUAUUGUGGUUAUCUAACAUCUUAUUGUUCUUGUAACAACAGCAUGAUAUGACAGAGGAUAAUGGGGUAGGAUGGGGCAGUGAGUACUUUUGUAGAAAAUCAUAUUCAUUUGGUAGCUGAGAUGUAAACAUUGUUUUUUUCCCCUAAAAAUACUUACCCAGACUAACAAGAGGGAGGCACCCUUGUACCAUGAGCCCUGCCCAUAGGGAAGCCUGUGAAGCUCAUUAAAAUCUAAUCUGAAUUGAUAUUUGUGUUUGGCAGAGUAAGUGGUGGUUAAAUAUGGCCAGUGAAGUCGAAAGAGAUGGAUUUGAUGGUGCCAUGUCAAGUUCUACAGCUCCUGCCUUGAGAAUGUGGCUACCUUUUUGGGGUGGGAUAGAGGCUAAUGAUACUUGGACAGCUCGAAUAUUGGCGUUCUUCAUCCCCAUUGUUAUAAUUUUACUCCUCGCAUAUUUGGUAUGGGCUUUUUACAAUUUCAUUUUCUGUCUGCUGGCUUUUAACAUAGAAUCAGCGAAUAGAAAUGAAGCACUAGCACUGAAGUCGAAAUAACACGAAACGUUAGAAACUCUUAACGGUGGCCAGUUUACGUUAUCAACUCAGUUGAUAAUACUAAAUUACCCUGUUAUUACUCUCUCUCCAACGCAGCACCACAGUUUAUUUAGAGACUCCCUUUAUUCAUAUGAACAUAAGAGGCUGGUCAUUAUUUCUCGCCUGGGUUGAGGUAGUGUAACGAUAAGAUUUUUAGUCAUCGAGUUUUUGUGCUAACUAUGUAUAAAAUUCAGCGUGGAAACUGCGAGAUUUUGCCAAGCUCAGCAAAGCGUGCAUGCUAUUAGUUCCAAUUCAAUCAGUCGUAAACAGUCCUUAUUUGGUCAUAACUGUAAUAGGUGUUAAACUGUAACCGUCGCCUGUCGUGGCCUUUAGUUUAGUUGUUAUCUACCUGAGCUUUUCGGAAGUGAUUAAUCUUGUAAAAGGCGAAAUUCCUUUCUAGCCAGUCGUUGUAUUAGAUUACGUGAUCCUUUAGAUAAUUCAUAGCAUUACCUAAUCCUUUAUACCUUUGGCUUACAUGCAACUGUU